GGCCAACCAUCGCAGCUCCCGCCCAGGAGAGGCCUGCCUGCGCCUUCCACGCCGAGGUCGUCUGAGGAGCGUCCGCCUGUGGAGCUCCUGGGGCAGCAAGAGCCCGCGCUGGUCUGCACCGAGGACCCUGGCCUGGCGUCGCUCCUUGACCGUGUGCCCGUUUCCUGAAGUCUGCGCUCCCAAGGUGCAGCAGAGCUGUCUCUGCCUCUGAAGACACCUGGCCAUGGCACCUGCUGCGAGGAGGCGCCUGAGGAAGCCUGUGCGCGCCCCCCCGAUGGAGCCUCGGGGGAUGGAAGUCUAUGACGUUGAGGGACAGGAGAGCAGAGGGCCGAGUGGGCCAGAGGAUGUCCCCGAAGGUACCGUCUCCCCAGACACCUUUGCAGAGCGCAGCACACGGGUCCCUCGGGUCACUGGCUCUCAGUCCUCCACAGGAAACAACCCAGCUACUGAUAACCAUGGGGAGAAAAGACCCUAUGAGGACACACUUGAGGAAGAGUUGGGGAAUGAAGUACAGAAGGUGCUGGAAGGAUUUCAAGUUGACAUUAAACAGGCUCUUAUUGCAAAGAGGAAAAAGUUUGAGAUGAAUACAAAAGCUUCUAUCAAAACUGCUAAGGAAAAGAUUGAUCGUGUUUGGAAAACACAACAGGAACAAAGGCAGAAUCUUCAUCUCGAAUAUUCUCAGCAAUUUCAGACUUUAUUUCGUGAGUGGGAUAUAGACAUACAGAAAGCCCAAGAGCAAGAAGAAAAGCUAGCUAAUAUGUUUCAAGAGCAACGAAAGAGUCUUCAACAAGCUAGAAUUGUUCAGAACCAGAGACUGAAAAAAAUUCAAAAUUUAUAUGAGCAAUUUUUAAAGAGUAUGGAGGAAUUAGAGAAGGAUCAUGACCGUCUUCUUACUGACGAGCAAAAUGAAGUUAGACAAGAAAUGGCCAAGUUGCAGGACAAAAUAAUGGUUGAAACUCAACAGCAAGAGCUGGCAAUAGUUCAAAAGUCUCUUCAAUCCCUGUUAUUCUGAAGAUUUUGAAGAAAGAACUCGAACCUAAGUUGUAUGGCACAAGAGUAGCGUUAGCCACACUGAAACACAUUAGAGUAGUUUAAAAAUUGUAGUUGAAGUCAUUACAUCUUGUUUAUCAUAGCUUGUUUUUUAGGUAUAAGACCCCUUUUCUGUUAAAACCUGAAUAAAACCUAAACAAUUUGUGAUUAUAAUCAGAAAUUAUUGAAUUAUAGGCAUCAAACUUUCAGUCCUUUUCUUUUUGUUAGUAAUGAUUUUUUUGUACCUAACGCUGGCAAAUAACUUUUAGCA